ACGGUCAGUCCGCCCCUGGGUUUAAGUCUAGUCUGGGUGACAACCAUAGCUUCCAAUAGUGAAGAAAAAGUGUAGACAUGGAGGGGCAGGAAAUGUUAACCCCUUCCUGCCCAGUCUCUGAGCCCAGCGUCUGUGAGCUCACACCUGUGAUGGUAGGGAUCAGGGUUCAUUUGUUUUCAUACCAGGGGCGGACUGACAACUCAUGGGACCCCUGGGCAAUAGGGGAUCAUGGGGCCCCUGUGUCCUUGCCCAAACUCAAAAAAGCCUAUGAAAAAGGUACCAGGGGCAUCUCAUGGGGCCCC